CUGCCAGCGGGUCGGGCAUGGACGACACGCAGGUCCAGAAGUCGUUCUCCGGGCUGUAGCACUCCACCGUGCCCAGACUCUGGCCUCCCACGGCGUACAGCUUCCCCUGCACGGCCAGAAGCUUGAAGUUGGACCUGAGUGUCAGACAGCGUUGCAUCAAUGACUUGGGCGCCACACGCCCGGACCACUUCGACUCUCCGGCUCCAGGCAGCGGGCCGUCCGCCGUUCGUGAUCCGAGUUGAGGAUGCGGGAGCCGGCGUGGGCCUCCUGGUUCCCCCGCUGCUUGCUGGUGCUCCCCAUCAUCGCCCCUUUCAGGGCCACCUACGCGGGCACGACACUCCCGCCGUGCGAUGAGAUGGAUUAUUACUACCAGUACACGGAAUGCGACAACACGGGCUCCCGCUGGCGGGUGGCCAUCCCGCUCAACCCCGGCACCUGCUCGGGCCUCCCGCCCCCCAGCAGAGGGACCGACUGCAGCUUCUCGUGCUCGGCCGGCAAGUUCCUGGAGAUGUCCUCGCAGUCGUGUACGCCGUGCGCGGCCGGCUCCUACUCGCUGGGCAGCGGCCUGCGCUUCGACCAGUGGGACGCCCUGCCCGCCGGCUUCAUCAGCAUCGCCAGCUUCCUCGACGCCAGGCCGCCCGACGGCGACUUCCAGGCGUGCAGCAACUCCACGUGGACGCCGCGGGGCGUGUACCUGGAGUCCAACCGCGACGAGUGCACCGUGUCGCUGGUCUACAUGGUGCACCUGGAGAAGCGCGGCUCCGUCUCCUUCACCUACCAGUACCCCGACAGCAACAUCUUCUUCCAGUUCUACGUCCAGAACGAGCAGUGCCAGGAGAUGAGCCAAAGCGACGAGCAGAAGUGGAUCGAGGUCACCGGCGACGGAGAAUGGGGGACGCACACGAUCAACCUGUGGGCGGGCACCAACAUCUUGUACUGGCGAACCACGGGCAUCCUGGUGGGCGUGAAGAUGGCGAAACCCGUGCUGCUCAAGGACAUCAAAAUCGAAGGUGUGGCCUACACGUCCGAGUGCUUCCCGUGCCGACCCGGCUGGUACAGCGCCAGCGCCGGCUCGUCCUUCUGCCGGCCGUGUCCCGCCGACACCUUCUCCGGCAAGAGCUCCGCUUCUUGCGCCGCCUGCCCGGAAAAGCACUACUCGCUGGAGGGUUGGGCCGCGUGCAAGUCGAGGCCGCCGUGCGCCGAGGAGGACUAUUUCCAGAUCCACACGCCUUGCGACAGCAAAGGGAAGACGCAGGCGGUGUACCGCUGGGUCGAGCCCAAGAUCUGCGACGAGAACGCCACCUCCGCCGUGGCGCUGCCCGCCGCGGGGCCCGUGAAGCCGUGCCCGCCGUGCAACCCGGGCUUCUACAACAGCAACGACUCCACCUGCUCGCCGUGCCCGCCCGGGACCCGCUCGGACGGCACUUACGUGUGCACGCGUUGCCCUUCAGGCACCGAGCCGGUUCUAGGCUACGAGUACAGAUGGUGGAACGUGCUGCCCUCCAACAUGAAGACAUCCUGCUUCAACGUGGGGAAUUCCAAAUGCGACGGCAUGAACGGUUGGGAAGUGGCGGGCGACCACGUCCGAAGCGGCGCCGGUUCUUCGGACAACGACUACCUCAUCCUCAGCCUGCAAGUGCCCGGCUUUAAGGUGCCGGCCUCGCUGUCGGGCGUGAGCGGCGGCGAGGUGGCUCAGAUCGCCUUCGAGUUUGAGACAGUCUGCGCUGGAGACUGCGAGUUCUACUUCAUGACGGUGAGCGGGACGCCGACGUCGCUCUUCGUAGCGGCGGGCGGGGUUUCUCACGAGUCCGGGUCGCCCCCUGCAGGACGUGCGCAGCAAGAGCACCACCGUGGUGGAGUCGUGGGAGGGCAGCAAAGGUCGCCAGUCGUACUCGCACAGCGUGAGCAGGAACGACUCGGUCACCUUCACGUGGGCCUUCCAGAGGACCAAUCGCGCUCUGGACGUACGGUGCGCCACUACGUCGGCGACAACGUCAAGCUCUUCUCAGUCCACGUGACCAACGUGCUGGGCGGCGUGGCGUCGGGCUGCCGGGCGUGCGCCCUGGUGCCCGAGAACUCCCGGCGGGCCGGCUCCUCGUGCGUGCCGUGCCCGCCGGGCUUCUACAUCCACGCCGAGACCAACCGAUGCGAGGAGUGCCCGGCCGGCACGCACCUGGCGGGACGCCACGCCUACGGCGGCGAUGCGUGCGUGCCGUGCGGGCCCGGCAGCGUCACCAACCGGGAGCAUUCCCGUUGCUACAGCGACUGCUCCUUCUCGCACACGCACGGCAACCGCACGCUGACCUACGACCUCGGCGCGCUGAGCGACGUGGCCUCGCUCACCCUGGAGCCGGGCUUCACCACCAAGGGCACCAAGUACCUUCACCUUUUCAACAUCAGCCUGUGCGGGCACCAGGGGAGGAGAGCAGCGGUGUGCAGGAACAACCUGACCGACUUCAACAGCGUGUUCAGCAAAGACCGACGGGGCGACACCGGCGCCGCCCGACUCGCGGACGCGGCGGAGGGCUUCAUCUGCCAGUCCACCAUCGUCCCGGCGGACCGGCGCGGCUUCCGGACGCCCAUUUCCUCGCAGUCCGUCGGCCUGGCGGACACGUUUCUCGGAGCGACGGUGGAGCGCUUCCUCGACGGCGUGAGCGCCGAUGCCGAGCUCUUCCCGGAAAACACCAACAAUAUUCCAGAUAUAAACUUCUUCUACAGGUCGACACGGGUGACGGCUUCGUGCGAUCGAGGCCGUAGUUCGGUCAUCGCGGUUCGUUGUAAUCCCCGAAAAUCGGAACGUGGCGAGCUCUCUGUGCCCAGCUCCUGCCCUGCAGGAACAUGUGACGGCUGCGCCUUCCACUUCCUGUGGGAGAGCGCCAGCGCCUGCCCGCUCUGCACGCAGGACGACUACCACCAGCUCGACGGCGCCUGCAAGGGUGGCACCCAGGAAACCUUUUCCUUGUGGAACGAGCCCAAGCUGUGCAUCAAAGGCGUCCCGCUGCCUCCCAGAAGCUCCGCCCCUUGCGAGUCCGUCACGCUGCGGCUCAAGUUGGGCGUGGGAGGCGGAGUGAUUUUGGCCGUGCUGCUCGUCGCCCUCACCUGCUAUUUCUGGAAGAUGAACAAGAGGCUGGAAUACAAGUACUCUCGUAUGGUGAUGUCGGCCAACAAGGAAAGCGAGCUGCCCGCCGCCGACAGCUGCGGCCUGGACGAGGGCGAGGACCCCGACCCCGACGACGCCGUCUACACCCGUGAGCCCUCCCUGCUGGGGAAGCUCCGCGCCAUCGCCAACAAGCAUGAAGGGGAAGACAGCAGCGAGUCUGUGCAGCUCAACAGCUCCCGGGCGGACUGCUGGGUGCUGGGUUAGGCCCCGGCCAGCGUGGCCGCAGCGCCAAGCGCUCCGUCCAGUCCGCCUCCAUCUGUCAACUGCGAUG